AUGAAGGAAAUAGAAGACGUGGAGUGUGAUGCCAUCAAAUUAUGUUUCCUGUUUGUUACAAGUCGCGAUGUAAAGAAGGCUGUGGAGCUACUGCUAGCAUACACAAGACAAAGCCUGCUCCCGCACCACCGCACCACCGCGCACCCGCCCCCCGGCUCGCGCGCUUCGCCGCACAAAAGAACAUCAUCGCUGUCAUUCCCAUUUUCUUGGUGCCCCGCAAACUGUGUCGGUGUGGUGCCAGGUGGUAGCAGUGGGAGCGGGGCUGCGGGCUUGACGGAAGGUCGCGAGCGGCCCUACUUUGACGACGUGUCGCCACGCAACGUGUCCGCGGUGGUGGGACAGUCUGCCGUGUUGCGAUGCCGCGCCAAGCACAUAGGAAACAGAACUGUGUCAUGGAUGAGGAAGCGAGAUCUUCACAUUCUGACGUCACACAUCUUCACGUACACGGGGGACGCGCGCUUCAGCGUGCUGCAUCCGGAGCCCUCUGACGACUGGGACCUUAAGGUGGACUACGUGCAGCCGCGGGACGCCGGCGUCUACGAGUGUCAGAUCAACACAGAGCCCAAGAUCAAUAUGGCCGUCGUGCUUAAUGUUGAAGAUGAGUCCCACACCCCCGCGAGCCCGCCACCGGCCCGCUCCUCAGCGGCAGCGGCAACUAUCUGGGGCUCUCAGGACGUCUACGUGAAAAAAGGCAGCACCAUCUCGCUGACCUGCUCUGUCAACGUCCACUCCUCUCCGCCGUCCAGUGCCUCUGUCCUAUGGUACCAUGGAAACUCGGUGGUGGACUUUGAUUCGCCGCGCGGCGGCAUCAGCCUGGAGACGGAGAAGACCGAGGGUGGUACCACCAGCAAACUGCUGGUCACCAAGGCCGCGUUAGCCGAUUCCGGCAACUACACAUGCGUGCCCAAUAAUGCGCACCCCGCAUCAGUUUCAGUGCACGUUUUGAACGGCGAGCACCCAGCCGCGAUGCAGACGAGCAACCGCGCGGCGUCGUAUUUGUUGACGUCACAGCUCAGCUGCGCCCUGCUCACCUACCUCCUCUCCUCACUCACCUGCAGAUGAUUGCAUUGAACCCCCCACUUUACAUAGCAGAAGCUUUUGUUUACUUGAUUGUAAUAAGUGCUACAAUUCUAGCCUCUACAAAUUAAUCACAACAACAACGUAAUGACCGUAAGACAAUAGAAAUCAAUUAUUAGAACCUUUUGAUAUAUGUGGAAGUUUCCCGAUGUAAUCAUGCACAGUGGUGAUAAAAAGAGAAACAAAGGCUUCUUGCUUCUCCGAACAGAAACUGUUUAUUCUAAUAAUGAACUAGUCAAUAAGAAUCGUUAGAAACAUGUUAUAAUUAACAAAAAGGACAAAGGACUUGGUGAUCGAGUGAAAAUUAGAUUUAAGAUUAAUUACGAACAGAUUACAAAAUUGAUCGAAACAGAAUUUGAUGUAUUCGUAAU